AUAGUAUCAUGUACGUGUUUUACAUAGACAUGUGGGGGGUAUAUUCUCCCCGGAAUUUUCAGCUCAUUAUACCCCCCCCCCCCCCUCCAAUUGCUUGGACCAGAUUUACGCCUCUUUGAACAUGUUGGAAACAGUCUUUAUGAAUAGCGGUCUUGAGAAUCACUGGCCCUUGGUGAACAACCCUCCUUGUAAGUCGACCUUACCCCCAAUCCACCCCACGAAUGGAUAAAAUACCCCGAUAAUCAUACCCAUUCAAGAAAGUUAUUGUGUAAGGCCUAUAUGUUUUCGUGGUGUGGACGUGGUGGCUGCAUUCUCUACUAUGAAAUCUUCAUGACCGACAGAGGCUCGCAACUGAAUACUUUCUAAGGUAAAGCUACCUACUGUCCAAAUGGGUCUUUCAUUGUUCAGCAGCACAGAAGCAAGGAGGCAGCUAAGGAGAAACGUGAGUGGUAUCCUUCUCAUUGUGACGUUGUCUGUAACUGUCAUCGUCCUAGAAUGUCAAACAGAACGGAGAUCAUUUGAUGAAUUUCCGAGAAGAUACAAUCCGGAUCCCCGACAUGAGCAACUGAUGGGUGACCACAAACCGAUGAUCCCCGAUCCGAUGAUCCGCGAACCGAUAAUCCAAAUUGCCCCCAAACCGAUUGUCCAGAAAAGGUUUUUGGAACCAACUUCAUUCCCAUCAACCCCUGACAUUCCUGAACCGAGUACGGAUUGUGAAGUUCACACUCACGUCGUGUAUAUCAAAACGCAUAAGACGGGCUCUACCACACUGGAAACGCUAUUCAACCGAUUUGGCUAUUUCCACAAUUUGUCAUUCAUCUUCAAUGGAAAACAGAAGUAUGGACACUUCGAGGCAAUGGAUUUGCGGAAAGCUGACAUGCUGGAGCAACUACUCCCACCACUAGGAGUUGAGACAGGAGAUUAUGCGAGAUAUAAGAACUACGAAACAAGUGCGAUUCACGUGCGAUUUUAUCGCGACGUCUUCGACAGAUUCAUGGCCAAAGAUACGCGUUAUGUUUCUAGCGUGCGUGAUCCUGCCGACCAAUGGGAGUCUGCAUUUAAUCAUUUCGGAUUCAGAAAAGCCAUAUCCCAGUUAGCCGAUGCUAAUGGACAGAUGGUCAAUAUAACGAAGACGCACAAAGUACCUUUUAAUGAAAAUAAUUCUACACUUGAUGCAAUCCACGAAUUCCUUAGAAAGCCCAAAUUGUACUUGGAGGUGCUAAAAAAGAAGGGGAAGGUCAUUUAUCAUUUUGCGAACAACGAUCAGACCUACGAUUUGAGCACGGAUCUAGAAUCAACGCAGCUUCAUGAUGAGAAGCUUGUCAAUCGGACAAUCGACCGACUAGUUGACGAGCUGGAUGUUGUCAUUGUAAACGAAUACUUCGAUGAAUCUCUACUAGUCAUGAAGAAGGAAUUCUGUUGGGAAUUUACAGACAUUUUAUACAUUUCACAGAAUAAACGAGCAGUAAAAGAAAUGUUGCCGGAGAAAACGCGUGCAAAAAUUAGAGACUUUAACAGAGCAGAUACUCUACUUCAUCAGCGCUUCAAUGAUUCCCUGUGGAAGAAGAUCGAAGCCUACGGACCAGAUUUUCAGAAAGACCUAAAUCAUUAUAGACAAAUGUUGAUUGAUGUCAAUUCAGAAUGUUCUGCCGAAGGCAAGUCCAAGAAACAUGGCUUUAAUUACCAAAUAUACAAUGUAAAGGCAAAGAAGAAUGCAACCCUAUUUUGUAGAUUUAUGGCGGAUAACUUUUUAAUGACAUUUAGGAGAGUCUUUGAAAGACAGCGUAAUCAGACGAUCAUCAAAACGCGAAAGAUCAAACAAUAGGCGGGGAACAUGAUAAAUAUAAGCCUAUACUUCGUACGCAGUACGGUCCCCACUGCAGACUGCCAACCUGUGUCCUCGAUUGUGUUAGGUUUCCAUUGCAGAACUUGUCAACUUGUAACCACAUUAAUUUGACCAAUAUAUUUUUAUUCGAUCAGGUCGGCAAGAAUAAAGUUACCCCGGAAAGUUACCUGGUCAAGCUAUUUAAAGGUCAAGUCGACCUCGUAAAAAUGUUUAUUCGAAUCAAUAGAGAAAAAUCAGACAAGCAUUAUGCUGAAAGUUUCAUCAAAAUCGGACGUAAAAUAAGAAAGUUAUGACAUUUUAAAGUUUCGCUUAUUUUUCACAAAAUAGUUAUAUGCACAAUUUAGUCACAUGCAAACGAGAGAAUCGAUGAUGCCCCUCACUCACUAUUUCUUUUGUUUUUCAUUGUUCGAUUUAUACAUUAUUUCAAUUUUUGCAGAUUUGACAAUAAGUACCAACUUGACUGAACCAUAAAUGUUAAGAAAUGGUAAUUCAACAUGUUCAGAGAGAAAUAAAACUUUGUUUCACAAGAACAAUGAGGAGAAAUUAGAAUAUUUCAUAUUUCAUAUAAUAAAAUACAAAAGAAAUAGUGAGUGAUGUCAUCAGUUCCCUCAUUUGCAUACCGACCGGGAUGUGUAUGUAACUGUUUUGUGAAAUUAAGCAAAACUUUAAAAUAUCAUAACUUUCAUACUUAACCUCCGAUUUUGAUGAAAUUUUCAGUGUUAUGCUUGUUGGAUUUUUCACUUUUUAUUCAAAUCAAAAUUUUGUUGGGGUGGACUUGUCCUUUAAUAGGUAACCACAGCGAUGUCAGAUAAGGUAGUCUGACGCCUAUAUAGCACCCCAUUUUCUUACCGAAAUAGACUCAUCAGGUAUAGGUUAACCUUGAUUGGAUUCGAUCGGGUAGAUUAAUUGGGCACUGGGUCUGUCCCACUAGCGUACCUACGGGGGGGGGGGGCAGAGGGGGCAGACUGCCCCCCCUGACGAGUCACAACCCAUGCAAGGGACAUAUCACUGCCCCCCUGACGAGUCUUUGAAGACCUUUUUUUUUCUUGCUUGUCAAAGUUUUUUCUGGUACGAAAUCCUUUAUUUUUGGUUGAAGACCUUUUUUUUUUUUGCUUGUCAAAUUUUUUGGCUGACGAAUUUGCCCCCCCCCCCUGUGGAAAAUCCUAGGUACGCCACUGGUCUGUCCCGAUCGGGUAGAUCAUUAUUCGGCACUGGGUCUGGCCCGAUCGGGUAGAUCGAUUUGGCACUGGAUCUAGUCCGAUCGGUAGUUUUGUGGAAAUAUUGGUAACGACCCUAUAUCGCUCUGUAAACUUGAUCAAACUAAAACAACAAGUUUUCGUUCUGUUAAGUCUAUAGUUCGGCGGGGGAUCCAUAUCGUCCUGGCCCGAAUAUUUUGUCUAAUAUAUAUGAGUAUAGAGGGCCCAUAGGGAGCCAGAGCAUUGUCGUCUACCCCGAUCAAGGUAGGUUGACCCGGUUCAACUUGCCGUGCUAGAUCGACCCCAUCGAAACCAUCUUAACGUGAUCGAGUUAGCACAGCGAUGUCACGCAGGCAAUUCGAAUAUUGCAUGACGCAAUGUUAGGUUCCCAUUGCAAAAUUGGAACACCUAAACACGUGAUCUCUCAACCCAGAUCAAUAUGAUUGGGAUCAAUCUACCUUGAUCGGAGUGAUAGACCAGGUGCGGAUCACUAAGGACGGCGUCUCCUUCCCACGAGGCAGAUGAUUACAUUAUUUUGUCUGCAUCAGAAUGACUUUCUGCUUAUUGCUUUCGAACAUGCACCGAAGGUGCACAUUUGACUUCUACGUAGUUAAGUUGCCUCUAGGGUGUUUUAUAAAAUGUAUAUUUCAGUUAACAUUGAAUAUCGUCACAGUGGACCCUCGGUUGCGCGGACCUUUCCGAUUUUGGACAUGUGUCAAAAUAUUAUAACAGGGAACCAGUGCUAUACCAACUAGACCACGUAGGCGGAAAAUAAUAUUGAUAUAUUGAAUAGACCAGUUUGGCAAUGGGAACCUAUGCGGAAGUAAUGGAAUUCUAUGACACGAUUGACUCUUGGCGAAUCACAUCUUGUUAUUUCAGUGGCUUGUAAAUUACAAGUAAUAAGUGAAACAGUGCAAUGAAAAUGGGGCCAGGAAAUUGAUUAGAUCGGGUGUAGUCGAAAAAAAGUAUGCUCUAUUAAGAAUGAAUAUCAUUGGACAGUAUACUCUGUAUUUUUCGAUCAGUGGAAUUAGUUUUAGUGAUAUGUAUUUAAUUGUAUAUAUAAGAGCAUUAUUAUACUGAUUGUCAUAGCAUUGAUCAAGUUAACUCAAGGAUGUAGCUCAAACCUGAGGUUAUAUAUUCAUUGAAUGUCCCCUGCCAACUGAUAUGGUUGUGCAGACUUAUAUUAUUGGUUAAGUGAAUCGUGAACAAAUGAGAUGAAAUGAUCAGAAACAGAUGAAAUUAAUAAAGAUUAUUGAAUGAAUUUCAA